AUGACAUUAGUUAUAUCUUUUAAUUCAGUUAUUGAUGACAAAUUAUUUAGUGACUGGAAUGGAGGAUCAGCUUGUGGCGUUGUUUUGAAAAAUGAAGAGACGAUGGCUAUUGUAUUAGCGGCAGAUGCCCAAGUUCACAAAGUAACACUUGUAACUGACGAAGCUACGGGUAAAGUAGUUGGUACAAAAACCCAGAUUUACAAGACAGACGCUAACCCAAAACCAGUUUGCAAGGUGUGCGUCAUAAAAGGUAAGUUUGGGUGCGUCUCUGUUGGUUUGCGACUAGGUGAAGACGGCGUCAAUCUAUGGGUUAAAUAUCUAGCGGAUAAUACGAAGCCCGAGUCCACAAUAGAAGAAUGCAUACAAAUUCUGGAAAAGUAUCGUCAAGAGAGGUUUGCAAAUCAUGCCGAUAAAGAGACUGUGGAAAUUCUUUUAGCUGGAUGGGAUGGAGAUGAGCCCAAACUUCACUACUUCAACAAUAGCGGAAACAGACCAAUUACAGGUGGAAUACGUGCUAUUGGAAAAGGAUAUGCCACACAACUGAUGGCUCUUACAAACAAAAACGUCAGAGGUUCGAGUUUGCACGUUGUUGUGGAUGCUGUACAACGGUCAAUUUUAGAUGCACAUAUAGCAGAUUCGACCAGAAUUGGUCAAGGUGUUAAUGUUUUGAUCAUACGCCGGAAUGAGAAACCCAAUCCCAUGGAAAUCCCAUACCAGACAAUGGAUGAUCUGAAGAAUAAAUUCAAAACUGAUAAGACAACUUAUAAUGAAAUGCUGCAGAAAAAGAAAGAAGAAAAAGAAGCUAUUAGACUCAGGGGAUCUUCAUCUUCAAAACGUUGAUUGUGCAGCAGCGCUUGGAACUUGGAAGAAAUUAUCUUAAUAGACAUAUGAAGCAUUAUGAUAAUUAAAUCAUAGUAGCUCAAUAUGCUCGAAUCAGCUUUAGUUGGCUAGUCUAAUACAUCAAUACCUAAUUAUCUUUAGAUUCAUAUAGAAAUAUCAUUGACUUUUAACGUCUCAAAUUUAUAUUGUAAUAAGUUUGUAAUCGACUCCUUUAUUGUCAGCUAGAUGAUCA